AUGAUCAUUGCCAUCGCCGGCUUCGGCGACUUGACGCGAUACGUUGUCGAGGAAUUCCCAAUUGCCGGCCACCAAGUUGUCAUUUUAACUCGUUCCCUCAAAUCUUUGUUACAUCACCCAGCAGUGCGCCAGCGUGUCACAGACUACUCAGAUGAAUCGCUUGACGAGGCUUUGGCUGAUUGCGAAGCCCUUAUAUCGACCAUCGUGGACCUAUCCCAGUCGUACGUUGACGUCCACCUGAAGCUGCUUUCGGCGUGCCAGCGAAGCAAGCAGUGCAAGAAAUUCAUCCCCUCUGAAUUCGCCGGCAACGCCCGAGAUUUCCCAGACCAGCCCGCCUACUUUCGUCACUUCAACGCAACUGUGCGGGAGGCUCUGCGUGGCCAAAACGAGGUGCAAUGGACAAUCGUCUGUGUGGGCUUCUUUGCGGACUACAUCGUCCCUGCGCAAAAUCGCUACAUUCGGGAUAUGAGAGAAGGCUCCCUCAUCAAUUACAAUGUCAAAGAAAUUCUUGUUCCCAACAGCCUCACAGACACCAUCGACAUGACAUCUGCGAGGGAUGUUAUUCGGGGACUGGCCGCGCUCGUUAGAGCACCAGAAUGGGACCAGUUUACUUUUAUGUCGGGCGAGAAGACGUCGUGGGAGAACAUUGCGAAGCUCAUUCACCGCAGACACCCCGACUUUGUUGCGCGAGUUAAAACAUUGAACCAGAUUAUUGAUUUAUUAGCCCCCGGGAACAGCGAUGAUGACAUCCUUUUCGCUCAGUUGUUAUUGUAUUCUGCAUCUGGUGCAGCAACUUGUCCCGAACAAGCUGUAUCUCAGCAAAGAAAGAAGCUCUUUGGCACUGUGACUUUCCGAUCACUAGAGGAUCUCUUGUCUAAAGCUUAA